AGUUUGUUUUUAGGUUCUGAGUGGUGCGGUUGUGAGACUUUACUUUUUACAGACAUUAUUUUUUAUGCAAACUUGAAUACAGUGGCAAUAAUUGGCUAUAGAAUCAUUUUUAAUCUGCCAAAUGUGUUAACGUUCUGAAAAUUGAAGUUUGUUCGUUCGUAAAAUUUGGUUGCAAUUCAUUCACAUCAAAUUAAUAUCAUCUGAUUUCGGGUUUCCUGGUAAUUUCUGCGAAUUAGAAAGAUUUGCAAAGGAAGAAAAAAGCGGAACAAAGAAGUUCAGGCUGACGACUGUUCACGUUUCUUAUAGCUUCAAUGUGAACGAUGAUCUUGUUUUGAUUUUGAAUUCGUGUGUGAAAGUCGCAAUAAUGAAGAGGUGUAAAAUUUGUGUCGUUGCCGAAAGGAAGAAAGUUUCGUAGCCUGUGUGUGCGUAAGUUUCGCCAACAAACGAAUAAAUGAAAAAAAAAUAGCUGUAUGUUUCAUAGCGCGAGAGUUCAAACCUGAAGUACGAGUGAUGAAAAUAGUAGCAGGAGCGGCAAAGGCAAAUGCUCGAAGAAAUUAUUCAAUCGUUUCGUCAUCGCUAUUCAUUGAGCAAAUAAACAGCAUUUUGUGCACUUACUCGCUGUGUAGCUGUGUAGAAGGAAUAAAAAACAUCCCUAAGGUCGGACCGGCUUAUUUUCGUGUCAACAGUUACUGGCCUCUGGCGCAUUUAAUCCAUCUACUGAUAUCGUUGAUCGCUAUCAAUAGCUCUCGCAUCCCACUUGUUGCACUCUAUCAUCAGUCUACAAGAUGAUGCAUCAGCAUCUCAAUCAGUAAACAAAGAAGUGAAAAGUCCACCACCAGCGAACCGUACUCUUAACAUAUCCACUACCACUGAUAGUGUGAGGGCUGUUGUUAUCAGCUGUAGAAGGAAGUGCGGGCUUCAGUUCUAUCGCGAGCAAUUGAAAAAUUACUGCAUCUGCACACAGACCCGCACGAAUACAUCGUCGUCGAUUUGAUCCGUCGAGUGUAAAUGUUCGUUCUUCCUGUUUCACUUUCGUUGGUGCGCGCUAAGCUGAGAAUCGUUUGAAGUUGUUGGUUUAGUUCAUGUUUCAUUCAGUACAUCGACUGAUCGGUGUGUGUGUGUGUAGUAGAUACAAUCAACGACGCCUAGCCGAUUACGAAACUGUAAAGUGUUGCAGCCCCUAUCGAUCUGCAGAGGAAGGCUGAAUCAUGAACAAGUCGGUUCUCAUGCUCUCCAAUCAAUUUGCCAGUUGGUCGUGAUUCUCAAAUCGCACGUGUGCGUUUCAGCGACACUAGGAAAAAUCUUUAUGAAUGAAACUACAGCAAUCAGUGGCACAAAUGUGGAAUGCUCCACGAAGGAAACAAGUGUGACUCAAACCGAUCUCGAAAGGAAAAAUAAAUAUAUUCGCUAGAAAAGCUGUGGGAGAAUGUGAAUAGUUCGAUGCAUUUAAUCGUGAAGCCAACAAAGUAUUUGUGAGCAGACGUGUUGUUUAUUUUUUAUGCAAUUGUACACAUGUUUAUAUACAAAUCUUUUAAUCGUGUGCUCGAUUGAAACAAAAAAUUAGUCACAAUGAAAUAUCAACGACUGAUAGGUUGUAGGACGCUAGGAUUAGGUGUAGUUCUGUCUGCCAUUCUGGUAGCAGGUCAACUGGAUAAAGUGGUGGUCGACGAUGAUUUGGAGGGGCCGAAUGUGUGCAAGGAGGUCGAGCAGUUUCAACUUUUCGUUACUGCUCCCAGAGAAGUUACAUAUCAGGAGCGAUAUCAGAAGUGGUGUGUUGCUGUCCCACCCCGAUGCUCGGCGUACAGGGUGAAAACGAAAAUCGUGAAUGAAACCACCAGUGUGACGAAGGAGAGAAUACUGAAAAAGUGCUGCGGUGGGUACGAGAAGAACGAUGCUGGUCUGAGGUGUAUACCAGUUUGCAGUAAAGGUUGUAAGCAUGGAGAAUGUGUUGCCCCAGAGGAAUGUCGCUGCGAUGAAGGAUACGUCGGAAAGACGUGCAAUAUAAAUUGUCCACCGAUGCGCUGGGGCUCGGACUGCAGCCAAAAGUGUCAAUGUCAAAACAAUUCAACCUGUAACGCCCAGGACGGGCGAUGCCAAUGCCCGAAGGGCUAUCGGGGUCAGUUCUGCGAGUUCCAGUGCCCAUCCGAUCGAUUCGGGCAGGAUUGCAACGAACUGUGCCAGUGUCUUAACGGAGGCAAAUGCGAUCCGGUUUCGGGUGAAUGUUACUGCGCGCCUGGUUUCACUGGACCAUUGUGCGCCCAAAAGUGUCCGGAGGGUAAACAUGGCGAACAGUGCCGAUCGGAUUGUCGCUGCCAGAACGGAGGAAGCUGUGAUCCGCAAACGGGUGAGUGUGUUUGUCCAGCUGGCUAUACCGGGACGGUGUGUGCUAACCGUUGUCAGGGACAGCGGUACGGCUUGAGUUGUGCGGAAAAGUGUGAAUGCUUCAACGGGGCAGACUGUAACCACGUAACAGGAGAGUGUAUCUGUGCGCCCGGAUUUAUGGGUGCCAAGUGUUUGGAUUCGUGUCCCACUAAUAACUAUGGUAUUAACUGUACCGAGACCUGUCGCUGUUUGAACGGAGCCGAGUGUAAUUCGGCUACCGGUAAAUGCACCUGUGCUGCCGGUUGGACCGGUGCAGACUGUGGCCUUCGGAUUUGUCCAGACGAUCGCUUCGGGUUGGAUUGCAAUGGUCAAUGCGAAUGCAACGAUAAGAAUACUAAAAUGUGUCAUCCCUGGACUGGAAAGUGUCUCUGCAAGCCAGGUUGGAGCAGUGCCUCUUGCGACAGACCAUGCCCAUUCUUGCGCUACGGUCAAGAUUGUCUAAUACAUUGCAACUGUAAAAAUAAUUCACCGUGCAGUCAUAUCGAUGGAUCAUGCAAUUGCAUUGCUGGUUUCAAGGGAGAAAACUGUGAAGAGCAGUGCGGUAAUGGAACGUACGGGCAAAACUGCAGCCAGCAGUGUGAGUGUAUGAAUGGAGCCUCCUGUUCGGCGGAAAGCGGCCAGUGCUUCUGUUCACCAGGCUGGCAGGGAAUUCGUUGUGAUCGACCAUGUGACACCAAUUACUAUGGGAAGGACUGUACGGAACGGUGCAAUUGCGACAAUGGUGCUGUUUGUAAUCCGGUCAAUGGCCAAUGUACAUGUCCAGCUGGAUGGACUGGGGAGCGUUGUGACAAGAAGUGCGAUUCCGGCCGGUUUGGGCAGAAUUGUUCACAAAGCUGCGAUUGUCACUUCGAUAAUACGUUGGCUUGCAAUAUCACCACAGGAAAAUGCAUUUGCAAGGCAGAUUGGGGUGGUGUUCGCUGUGAAAGCCGCUGCCCACUGGGUUACUACGGCGAAUCCUGCAACGAAAUCUGCACCUGCCACAACAAUUCAUCCUGCGAUCCGAUUACUGGGGAUUGUAUUUGUGCCCGCGGUUGGACUGGUCCAACCUGCAAUGAUCCCUGUCCGGACGGAUUCUUCGGUCAUGGAUGCAAGGAACAAUGUCCGGACUCUAAGGCGGGAAAUACGACCUGCGAUCACAUAACAGGACAAUACACCUGUGGGCCAGGUUAUAUCGGAACCACCUGUGAGCAUCCGUGUCCUUCCGGGACCUACGGGAUCGAGUGUCGAAUGAAGUGUACCUGCCGGAAUGGUGGAGAGUGCUCCCAUGAAACAGGCAUGUGUCAGUGUCCACCUGGGUGGACCGGAGCGAACUGUGAGGCUGUUUGUCCUAAUGGAUUUUACGGCGCGAACUGCAGUCAGAAGUGCAACUGCAAAAAUAAUGCCAAAUGUCGGAAGAAUGAUGGCCAGUGUAUUUGCGAUCCAGGCUGGAUGGGAAACCGUUGCGACGAAGUUUGUCCCGAAGGAUUCUACGGUAAUCACUGUAUGGAGUCCUGUAACUGUCCACCCGGGAACUUUGUCUGUCAUGCGGCGAAGGGAUGCGUUUGCAGUUUAGGAUACUAUGGUGAGAAGUGUGACAAAUCGCGUGCUCAAGCUAAGGUGCAGGAAACAGAUGAUGCUUCCAACGCCGGUCUCGCCUGGGGCUUAGUGCUAGCUGUGAUAUUCGUCGGUGUCAUCAUCGCUCUGGUUCUAUAUUACCGCCGACGGGUGGCCAAUCUGAAGGCCGAAGUCAAUCACGUUGUCAACUAUAUGAUCCAGGAGCAGCCGGGUCACUUCGACAAUCCAGUUUAUUCUGCUUACCAGGGACAACCGGGAAUUGGGGGUGGUGGUGGUGGUGGUCAAUCCACAGGAAGUCGUAGCAAUACCGACAGUAGCGGGCUACUCGCCAAUGGCUCAGUGAUACGAAACAAUUUAAGAAAUCCGGAUAAAUAUCGGUGUCCGAAGAACGAAUCAAUUGGAACUGAUCGAUCGUAUUCCAUUCAAUUUCUUUCUGAAAGUCAGAAGAAUUUCGAUGCUGAUAUGACCAAUCCAAACUACAAUACAAUCGACGACAAGGAUCACGUGUACGAUGAAAUCAAGCACAAGGAUGGUUACAAAGAUAUCGACACUGAAUACGACCACCUAGAUUACUCCCGCCCGGGAAGCUCGCAUAAAGCUCACUACUUUCGGAUGAACAACCCGCUGUCCAGUUCGCCGAAGGAAAUCAACGUACUGCGAGAGAACGGCACAAUGAACAAUCUAUCCUCUCCGGGGUUGAGUAAUCGCUUGCCGUUAGUUUGUCCACCGUUGGAUGAUCCGGCCAGCUGCGGAACCGGAACCGAUUGUGGUUCAUCCUCGUCCAACUCGUCCCCUACACUACCGCCGCUCCGGGGCACUACUGGUGGGAUGGAUAGCAGCAAUCUAUACGUAAAGAUGACCUCCGAAGGCUCAUCGCCGGCGGGCAGUGUGCAGGAAUGCAACACUAGCGGUAAGCCCGAGCUUCAGCUCAACAUUAAGUGAGUGGCGCGGUUGGUUGGUGCUCAGUUUUCCUUCCUAUCAGUCGUAACGUUUAAGCAAUCACCGAAUCAAUUACAUAAAAGUCAUGUUAGUUCUAAUUUACGCUGCUAGCUUAAUUUCGAAGUUUUAUUUUUUAUCGAUCAUGAUUGUGAUAUAAAAUUUGAGUGUUUAUUAAAAGUAAGUUUACUAGUACUCUUUUAGGCAAUGGAAACCAUAUGCAAGAAUCUUUAUUAGACUGCUAUCUAACAAUGAGUGAAAGGAAACAAUAAUGAUCGCUAACUGUAUUACAAAGUGUGCCAAAAAGUCACCUCUAUUCUCUCGAGCAAGGAAAUACGUAUUUUUUGACUCCAAAAUUAGUAAAAGUUACGAUUGUAGCAACAAUAUUUACAAAUUGGGAUGAUAUUUUUGGAAUUUACUGAAAAAGUUUGUUAUCGAUGAGGGACAGAUUUCAAUCGGUUUAAAACACAACCUCCCCAUCUAUAGAGUUUAAAAAGUUUAUACAUAUACAUAUAUUUGCUGCAAUGUAAAAAAGAAGAACACCUAUUUAUAGACAUUUGAAAUAGCGUUAAAAAGUUUAAAAACAUUCUCAUAGCAAUUCAUAGUGUUAAUGGUGUUACUAAAGUGUCAACGUUAAAAACAAUUUUAAAUAAAUUUAGACAUGUA